AUGCAAAGUAUAAAAAGUGUGCUCAGGAACAUGCAGUGCGCAGAAAUCUACGGCCACGUCGAUUGGUUACAGGUUUGCGACUGUGUCGACGAGGCCACCGGCCUCCGUGACAACAUCACUGUGGCUGCGCCGAGGCUGGGAACCGCCAACAUCUACUUCUCUGUUCCUGCCUUCGUCGUCCUCUUCCGCGAGUCCCUGGAGGCGCGUCUUGAUUGCUACGAUCUUCCCAGCAUGUGCUGCUGUACAAAGGACGUUGCUUGUUGGAUCAUCAGUCGCGGCCAUCACCUGGUCACUUAUCAUCAUACAGGGAAAAGAGAGCGCUUCCAUGCCGAAGUCACUACGUCUCUACGCACGACUUUGUGGAUUCCUUGA